AUGUCGAAUCAUCACGAUGAUGAACCAUUGUUCCCAUUAGAAAUGAGUGAACAUCGAUAUCCAUCUGGAGAUUCUCAACACACAUUAAACAAUCAUAAUGAUUCAACGAUAAUCGAUAAUGAUGAUGAUAAUCGAUUUGUUGAUAAUGAUACAGGUGUUGAUCCAACACAAACAAGUGAAAUUGAAACAGUACAAAUAACUGAGACAACUGUUAAUCCACAAGGUGAACGUGUUUCACCGCAUGAUUUUCAAUUAUUAAAAGUCCUUGGCAAGGGUGGUUAUGGGAAAGUCUUUCAAGUAAGAAAAGUAGCUGGUAGUCAUCAAAAUGAAAUAUUUGCUAUGAAAGUUCUUAAAAAAGCGACAAUUGUUCGAAAUGCCAAAGAUACAGCUCAUACAAAAGCUGAAAGAAAUAUUCUCGAAUGUGUUAAAUGUCCAUUUAUUGUUGAUCUUGUGUAUGCAUUUCAAACAGGUGGUAAAUUAUAUUUAAUAUUGGAAUAUUUAUCUGGUGGAGAAUUAUUUAUGCAACUUGAGAGAGAAGGAAUAUUUAUGGAUGAUAUGGCUUGUUUUUAUUUAUCGGAGAUUUUAUUAGGAUUAGAACAUUUACAUAAAGAAGGAAUUAUUUAUAGAGAUCUUAAACCAGAAAAUAUUCUACUAGAUGCUCAAGGUCAUGUUAAAUUAACGGAUUUUGGUUUAUGUAAAGAAUCGAUCUAUGAAGGAGGACAAACAAAUACAUUUUGUGGUACAAUUGAAUAUAUGGCACCAGAAAUUCUAACAAGAAGUGGUCAUGGCAAAGCAGUUGAUUGGUGGUCAUUUGGAGCACUUAUGUACGAUAUGCUAACGGGUGCUCCACCAUUCACAGCUGAUGAUCGAAAACGUACAAUGGAUAAAAUUAUUAAAGCAAAAUUAGUUUUACCAGCUUAUUUAACUAUUGAUGCAAGAGAACUUAUUCGAAGUUUACUUCGUCGACAAGUUAGUCAUCGACUUGGUAGUGGUCCAGAAGGUGCUGAAGCAAUCAAAAGUCAUUCAUUUUUUCGACAUUUACAUUGGCCUGAUGUAUAUGCUAAACGAACUGAACCUCCACAUAAACCUCUUCUUAAAGGUGAUGAUGAUGUUAGUCAAUUUGAUACGAAAUUUACAAAACAAACACCUGUUGAUUCACCUGAUGAUCAUAUGUUAAGUGAAAGUGCUAAUCAAGUUUUUCUCGGUUUUACGUAUGUUGCUCCAUCAAUAAUUGAAGAUAUGAGUCGAUUACAUUAUCCACAUAAUGGUGGACAUAGAUCUCCAAGAAAACUCCUAUCAUCGGAUAUGUGUGCGCAAACAUUUAAUUUCAAAUUAUCUGGAGUACCUGGUCUUAAUGAGCAUACCGGUGCAGCAUCAGUUGAAGCAAUGGAUAUUGGUGAUAAUUCAAAUCCAUUAUUAUCAUCAGCCACAUCUCGAUUUACUGUCAAACCAACUACAACGAAUAAACCAAAUACAAAUAAACCGAUGAGUCCAGUUAAUACCGGUCUUCCUCACUGA